GAUCAUGCGCUGACCUUGAACUAGGCUCAGAGCAUGCUGAAGAACGAACGGGAAGAGUUGGAGACGAAGCUCCAAGCUUUGAAGCAGGCCGAAGCUAACUGGCAAAGUCGUCACGCGGAAGCUGAAAACUUGCAUAAGACUGCUCAGGAGCAGCUAACGUCGAUGUCUGCGGCGCGGGAUGAUCUGUUGCAGGAACGGUCCCGGUUCCAGUUACAGAUCGAGGAACGCACGAGCUCGGUCGAUGAACUCAAGCAGAAGCUCGCCCAGACGACAUCUGAACUCUCUACGAGUGUCCGAGCGUUGCAACAAGCGCAAGCGGAGCUGAAGGCUGCGACUCGGCGUGCGGAAGAGGCCGAAAAGACUCAGGCGGACUUGCAAGCGGAAGGCAUCGGGCUCAUGCGCUCUCUUGAAGAAAUGCGGCCGAAAAUCGUGGAGCUUACCGAUACCAAGCUUGAGCUCGGCGACAGGGUAGAAGGCUUGAACAAGGAUCUUCGAUCGCGAGACGACACUAUCGCGCGGCUGGAAGGAGCUAUCGAGGAGCUGCGCGAGAAGUGUGCGCAGGCCGAAGCGCAGAUCCGCACGCUCGGUAGCUCCAUGGAGAAGGAACGGUCGUCUUCCAAUGAGAAUGCUUCGGAGCUUCAGAAGGCGUACUCGGAGCUUCAGAAAGAACUGCAGGACGCACACUCCAGCCUGACAUCCUUGGAGUCGGAGCGCUCUGAGUAUCGCAAGAUAGCCACCCAGAGGACGCAAGAAGUCGAUCGGUUGACAACCUCUGCUCAGACGUACGCGGAGCAGCUCUCCUCGCUGAAGAGGGAUCUCGACGAGCGGAAACGCGCGGAAGACGACGCUGGAGAAGUCCUCGAACGGACGAGGGCGGAGUUGGAGGCCCUGCACGCGGAGCUGGCUGCCAAGGACAGCGAGAUCGAACGGCUGCAGCAGAGCACCAUGCCCGAAACCCCGCAGUCGCCGUCCCUCGACGAAGAGAUGCUCAACGUGGUCAAGCAGCAGCACGCCCUCGAGCACUCCGCCGCACAGAGCGAGAUCCGCCACCUCGAGACUGCCGUCUUCGAGGCCGAGGCCAAGGCCCACGCGCUCCAACGCCAAGUCGCCGCGCUCGAAGACCAGCUCGCGCACACACGCACCGCCUCUGCCGCCUCCGCGAGGCACUCGCCGCGGCCGGGGAGCACCGCCGGGCGCCCCACGCCGCGCAUCGUCGACCACUCGGACGAGCUCCGGCGCGCGUCGUUCAGCUCGGUGCGCUCGGCGAACCUCGCGCGCCCGCUCUCGCCGCCGUCCUCGUUCGAGGGCCUGUCCGCCGAGACGCGGCACCGGCGCAUGGUCAGCCUCGGCAUGCUCAAAGCGCGCAUCGACAGCGAGGCCGCCUCGGCCGCGGCGACGUCGCACCCGCCGUCGCGGGCAUCGCCGGCACAGCGGACGGCUGCGCUGCCCACCGUCGUCGAGCCGGCUGGUUCGACGCCUGGCACGCCGCGUGCGGCGUCGCCAGCGAGGAAGACGCAGUUCCUGGACGACUCGCAUGUUUUCUGGUGCCACUCCUGUCGCGGCGACCUGGUCAUCCUGUAGUCACUUCUUUUUUUCUCUCGUACUCUUGGUCUUUAUGACACUUAUGCAUGCAUUCGAUAUGGUAUUGGAUAUAUCACAGAUGGGAGAGAUACCUGAGUGACAAUAUACAGAUGGGAAAGACUUAUACACAGAGGUCAGAGCGCGAACGAAAGGUAAGGUUUUUGACAGCAUGUUGACGAUCCUGCGCAAGUGCCGCGACGAUAUUAAAAAAAGGGAUAGUUCGGUGGUAUGUGUAAUAUAUGGGGUUCUCAUGGGCAGCGGUCCUUGCGCAGGGCCCUCGGGGUCAUGACGACGUUUGUGUAAAGGUGAAAGAGAGAAAGGAAAAGUAAGUAAGUGAUGACUCAUGAAAACAUGCUGUUGCGCUUCGACUUGAGCUUGCGCAGUUUGUUCAGCAGUUCCUGGCAACACCAAAAAACGUCAGCUCCCCCGCACACCAAGAAAGACAAGCAAGCAAGCACGCACCGCAACCUCCUCGGGCCUCAACGUGCCCCGGCCGCCCUCCUCCUCGAGGCCGAGCUCGAGGCUCUCAAAGACCUCGUUCAUGAGCUCGCGGUAGUCGACGCCGAAGAACUGGGUCAGCUUCGCGGCGCGCCGACGGCGCACCUGGAACGCGUUCUCCUCGGGCGGCGGCGGCGGCGUCGUGACGACGCUCGAGAAGCUGUACUGCGACGCGAGGGACGUGACCGACGCCCGGGUCGGCAGCGACCGCCGCCGCUCGGCCUUGGGCGUCGGCGGCGGCGAGGGCGAGUCGCUACCUACCGGUGGAGGCGGGGGCGCACGCGCGAACUCCUGCAGGGACGGUGAUUCGGCGUCACCGUGGAUGAUCCCGUGUAGGCGCUGCAGGCUCUCCUUGUCGUCCUGCAUAAAAGACACACGCACAGCACCAGUGUCAGCGAAGCCUCGACUGCGCCAAGCGCGAAGGAAGAGACACACUCACCCGGUCGAGGAUGUCGUUGAGCGAGUUGAGCGAGUGGCGAUAGUGCUCGUAGAUGUCGGAGAAACCUUGGGGCGAGCCCAGGCGUCCGUUCCCAUGGGAACUAAUGAGGGGCUCUGCAGACUCGGCCGUCCCUGGGCGGCCCCCCGCUUCGCCUUGUUCCUCAUGUAUGCGCUCUGGUUCAUGUUGCGCAACGUCGGCGAGCUGGGGCUCUGAGGUGCGCCCGAAAAGUGUGCGGCGCCGCUCGCGCUUGGGCUGCUGGCAUGGUUGGCGCCCCCUGACGACGGCGGCGCAGCACGCGUGUGGUAUAAUGUCUGCGGCGGGGCAACGCCGAACAUCUUUUCCAUUUUCAUUGCCCGCUUCACGUUCUGCGCCUUCUCCUUGUCGUUGAGCUCUGCCUUGAGCCGGUCCACGUCGUCUGACCAUUUGUGGCCCAGCUCGCCCACGGAGCUGCUUCGCCGCCUCCGGGCCCAUGUCUUGCGCGAGUCAGAGUCCAUGCGUGCGCACGGGUGCUGUUGCUGUUGCUGUUGCUGUUGCUGUUGUUGCUGCUCGGCGUCGGCAACAGGGGGGAGAUCAAGGUUCUGCACUGCGGAGCCGAUGCUCAGCUGGCCGAGGACGAUGUCGAGGGGGACGCGCGAGCCGAGGAAGCGGUGGAGCUUGGCGAGCUUUUCGCGUUUGCGGCGGCGCUCCUCCUCUGCGAGGUCCUCAGACGUGAAGCUGCAGAUGGACGCGGCGGACGAGGACACCUUUGCGAGGCCCGGUCUUCUAUCUCUCGUGGGCGUCUCGACGGUGAUGACAGAAGAGGCUCCAUCAGCGAGCCCCCCGUCUUCUUCAGACAGGUCCAUGAACGACGUGGGCGAGCCCGGCGGUCCCGCGCCGCUGCCGCCGCCGCGCCGCCCGGCGUGGCUGCUCCAGUCGCUGUGCGGCGUCCCCCGCCGCGAGCUGAUCUCGAUGACGUGCGUCGCGUGGCGCGAGCCGUCGCUCUCGAGCGAGGAGCGGUCGGGCGACGCCAGGUCAUCCUCCGUGAACAGGAACGUCUCCGGGGUGAGCGGCGUCGAGUGCCGCCGCGCGCUGAGCGCGACGCAGUGCGGCGCGUCGGGCUCCGGCAGUGGCCAGGGCGGCUGCGGCGCGUCGGAGCCGCCCGGCGUGACGAACAUGGAAACGGCACCGCGGUGGUGGUGGUGGUGGUGCUUGGGGCUGUUGAAGCCGCGCUUUCCGCCGCCGAGCACGAGCCCGCUCGUCGGCGCGCAGAGCAGGGCGUUCGGUACGCUGGCCUCGCACGACAAGCGGGACAUGGCAACGGCCUCCGCGUUCGCGGGGGGCUGCCCGAAGACUCGCGCCAGCUUUCGUGUGCUGCGCACCUUUUCGGCGCGUUCGACGGGGUUCAGGAGGUUGGUCGUCGGGGGACGGACGCGGGUGUAGGUGACCUCCUGCACGCUGGGGCUGUCGGGGGUGUUUUUGGGUGGUGGCUGGGCGGAACGCGAGCGUCGCCUGAAGUCAGGCUUGGGCGAGGUAGGGAUGGGCGGCUUGGAGGAGACGGCGGCGGUGGAGAUGGCAGGCAAGGUUGGUUUGGCACGCGAGCGCGCGGAGUCGGCGAUACGAGACUCGGUAGCGUACGGACGGUGGUGCGAACGUGAAUGAGACGCAUUAGAGGAGAAAUCUAUCAAAUGAGGAGAGAAGGUGGGAGACGCGAGGUCGAUGAAAGAGUUGCGAUCAGAGUCCAUGGCCGAGCUGAUGCUGUCGUCGUGGAAAGGGGUCAAGGGAGCGUCGUUGUGGAAGAUGUGGUCGUUGUAGGUGAUUAUGUUUGAGUCCUGAUAUACUGUAGAGGAGACGGAUAUCCUGUUGUCGUCUGGGGUGUGUGGUGGCUCGUGACUUUCUUCUGAGCUAGCCGCGGUCGACGCAGCUGAGCCCCGCCGACCGUGGGAAAGGGAGAUCAAUGGUCGCAAAGGAAGCCGCGAUAUGGCUCCCGCCGGUUCUCCUUCCGGCAAUUGGCCGACGCCGGGUGAUCGGCGCGACCCCUCGGCCUCGCUGCCCGCGUGUUUCAUUUCCAUGGCCCAGACCGGUGAGCACGGCGCGCUGCUUGCGGCCAGUCCGUCUCCCUCGCUCCCUCUUAUCCUCCUUCCCUCUUCCCUCUCGCAACCGCCACGCACACUGCCCCCGCCCCCACUGCUGCCGCUGCCGCUGCCCCCAUCGCCGUCGCCGUCGCCAACGCCGCGCCGCUGUCCAUCAGUCCCCCUCCCAACCGUUGUUCGUGUUUUACCCUUGACCAGGAUCUUCUCGACCCUUUGCAGCGACGAUAAGUACCGCAGGUGCCGUUGGAAGCUAGGUUUGCGUGCAGGCGCAGCCGCAGCCGCAGCCGCAGGUGGCGCAGCGGCCUCUGCGCUAGCGGGUGACGAGAGCGGGCUCGGCGUGUGCCUCGGCGUGUUCCCCGUCGGGGGCGCGGAGCGAAGCACCGGACUGUAUCCGGAAGCCGUGUCCGACGGGCGAGGAGCAGGAGGAGCAGGAGGAGGAGGCGCACCCGGCAGCGAGAAACUCCGGCUGUGUGCGUGCGUGUGGGGGUGUUGGUGGUGGUCGUGGGGGUGGUGUUGGUGUUGGUGUUGGUGUUGGUGUCCUUCGCGGCCGACGUAGAGCUGCGAGAGACGUGGCGUCGGAUUGAUGUACGGGUUCUCCGCUGUCGUUGUCGCUGUCGUGAUGCCUUCAUGUCCCAGUAGCGAUGCUGAUGCCGAUGCCGGGCUCGAAGCACCAGAAGCAGUCGCGUUCGUGUCCUGCGGCUGCUGCUGUCCCGCCAGCGGCGACGUCGGUAUCAUCGGCGGCCACUUGAUCUUGUGCAGGCUCGCUCUGCUUUUGGGCCGCGGCGGGGGCGGCAGUCCAGGUGAUGGGACGCUGUUCAGGUCUGGCAGCGCCGCCCCCACGAGCGAUGGGCGACGCGAGCUGGGUCCAGGCAGGGCAUCCGCAUAGGUGCGCGUC